GCUUUUUUAAAUCUUUUUGUUGUGAAUUAGAGUCUUCUUCAUGGGUUUGAGAUGUAUCCAUUAAAAAUAUAUUAAAAAAAGUUGAUGGGUUCGCUUUCUUGAUCUGAAAUUAAAUAAAAUUUCUUUCUUUAAUUUGUCUUUGGAAUUUUUAAUAGUUGAUAGUGAGUGGCAUAUAACAGUGAUCCCAGAGGGCGUAGUGAACCACCAGGUGUGAUUGAAUUUUGUUGAGAAAACGAUUGCCCUUUCUUCAUCUUUGCAAGGACCCAUCAACUUUGUUUCACGAGUUUGCUUCUUUUGCUUCCUCAGCUAGGUUUUUAAUUGGUGGUUGAUAGUGCCGAGAAGGUUGAAAUCUUAGUUUCUGGGAAAGAUGAGUGGAGCUGUGCUUGUGGCUGUUGCAGCCGCGGUUGGUAACUUAUUGCAAGGAUGGGAUAAUGCAACCAUCGCAGGAGCUGUUUUGUACAUAAAAAGGGAAUUUAAGUUGGAAAGUGAACCAACUAUAGAAGGGCUAAUUGUGGCUAUGUCACUUAUUGGAGCUACCCUGAUAACUACAUGUUCAGGAGCAAUAUCAGAUUGGAUAGGGCGCCGUCCUUUGUUGAUAAUCUCUUCUGUACUUUACUGUCUGAGUGGUGUUGUGAUGUUUUGGUCUCCCAAUGUUUAUGUUCUACUCUUGGCAAGGCUUUUGGACGGAUUUGGUAUUGGUUUGGCAGUAACUCUUGUUCCAGUUUACAUAUCUGAGACUGCACCGCCAGAAAUCAGGGGAUUAUUGAAUACUCUUCCUCAGUUCACUGGAUCUGGUGGCAUGUUUAUGUCAUAUUGUAUGGUGUUUGGCAUGUCUUUAAUGGAAGCACCAAGUUGGAGAUUAAUGCUUGGAGUUCUUUCUAUUCCCUCUCUCAUUUAUCUUGCUUUGACUAUAUUUUACUUGCCUGAGUCUCCAAGGUGGCUUGUGAGCAAAGGACGGAUGCUCGAGGCCAAGAAGGUUUUGCAGAGGCUUCGUGGCAGGGAAGAUGUAUCUGGUGAGAUGGCUUUGUUGGUUGAAGGACUUGGUGUUGGGGGUGAAACAUCGAUAGAGGAGUACAUAAUUGGUCCAGCCAAUGAUGUCACUGAUGACCAAGAUAUAUCUGCAGACAGAGAUCUUAUCAAGAUAUAUGGGCCUGAACAAGGUCUCAGCUGGGUUGCCAAACCUGUUACUGGGCAGAGCUCCAUUGGUAUUGUGUCUCGGCGUGGAAGCAUGGCAAAUCAGAGUGUGCCUCUCAUGGAUCCUGUUGUCGCCCUCUUCGGUAGCAUACAUGAAAAGCUCCCCAACACAGGAAGCAUGAGAAGUAUGCUGUUUCCACACUUUGGCAGCAUGUUCAGUGUGGGAGGGAAUCAAACUAGAAAUGAAGAGUGGGAUGAGGAAAGCCAAACCAGAGAGGAUGAGGAUUAUCCAUCUGAUGUUGGCGGUGGCGACUCUGACGAUAAUUUGCAGAGUCCAUUGAUCUCACGUCAGACAACAAGUAUGGAUAAAGAUAUGGUGCCGCCUGCCCAUGGAAGCCUUCCAAGCAUGAGGCAUGGCAGUUUGAUGCAAGGAAAUGAUGGAGAGCCAGUUGGUAGCACUGGGAUUGGUGGUGGUUGGCAGUUAGCAUGGAAAUGGUCCGAGAGAGAAGGCCAAGAUGGCAAAAAGGAAGGAGGCUUUAAAAGAAUUUAUUUGCAUCAAGAGGGUAUGCCUGGUUCUCAGCGUGGAUCUCUGGUUUCUCUGCAUGGUGGUGAUGCCCCUGCAGAGGGUGAAUUCAUCCAGGCUGCUGCAUUGGUUAGCCAGUCAGCUCUUUAUUCCAAGGAGCUUGUGAAUCAGCAUCCAAUUGGACCAGCUAUGGUUCACCCAUCAGAAACUUUUGCUAAAGGGCCUAGUUGGAGGGAUCUCUUUGAGCCUGGAGUCAAGCAUGCAUUGGCUGUUGGGGUGGGAAUUCAAAUACUUCAGCAGUUCUCUGGCAUAAAUGGGGUUCUCUACUACACUCCUCAAAUUCUUGAGCAGGCAGGCGUAGGCGUGCUUCUUUCAAACAUGGGAAUUAGUUCAGCUUCUGCAUCUCUGCUUAUUAGUGCAAUUACAACACUGUUAAUGCUCCCUUGUAUAGCUGUUGCCAUGAGGCUCAUGGAUAUCUCUGGAAGAAGGAGUUUGUUACUUUGCACAAUUCCUGUCUUGAUAGUCUCGCUCGUCGUCCUAAUCAUUGGAAGCGCAGUAAAUCUAGGCAGCGUCGUGAACGCAUCUAUCUCAACCGCUAGUGUUAUAGUCUACUUCUGUUGCUUUGUAAUGGGAUUUGGACCAAUUCCGAACAUACUCUGCGCAGAGAUCUUCCCGACUCGUGUUCGUGGCCUUUGCAUUGCGAUAUGUGCCCUCACAUUUUGGAUUGGUGACAUAAUAGUUACCUAUACACUUCCAGUUAUGCUGAAAUCUAUUGGUCUUUCUGGUGUUUUCGGGUUGUACGCAGUGGUGUGCUUCAUAUCGUUGGUAUUUGUGUAUUUGAAAGUUCCAGAAACCAAAGGCAUGCCCCUCGAAGUCAUAACGGAGUUCUUCUCUGUCGGAGCGAAGCAGGCUGCAGCUUCCAAGAACAACUGAGAGUGGGAAACCAAAAUCUAUAUUUUUGUAGAAAGAAAAUGUGUAUAAUUUUGCAUUGUUGGUUUUGGUUUUUGUUGACAAUUGAGUUCUAUUUCUAAUUCAAAUGAAAGUUCAACAUGA